AUGGUUGACAUGGGAUAUCAACAGGUCAAUGCAGACCAUACGAUAUUCUUUCAGCAACAUGACGAUCACACUGCUAUACUUACUGUGUAUGUGGAUGACAUAAUUAUCACUGGUGAUGAUGAGGCGGAGAUUGUUAAACUGAAUGGGAAAUUGGAGAAGCAAUUUGAGAUAAAUGAUUUGGGACAACUCAGAUACUUUCUUCGGAUUGAAGUAGCCCAUGAACCUGAGAGGAUAGUCCUAACCCAGAGAAAGUAUGUAUUGAAUCUUCUCACGGAGACAAGUACACAUGGGUGCAAACCCGCAGUCUUUCCAAUUUAUCAGGUCAAACUCAGUACAGAGGAAGGUCAAUUAGUUGAUUAUAAGAGGUACCAAAGGCUGGUGGGCCACCAGAUCUAUCCGUGUCACACUCGACCUGAUAUUUCUUUUGCAGUAAGUGUG